UUUUUGAGUGUUUAAUACUCUAUUGGGAUAUCACAUACCGCAAGUACAUACUCAAUGCAAGUCCUCUUGCCUCCCUUUGGUGGGUUUGGUUUGAAGUGAAAAGAUCUGUAUGUGCUAGUGCCUAGUUCUCAUUACAGUCCGUACGCUUUAUGAAGAAACUGAAGAAAAUAUAAGAAUUAAGGAGGAGAAAUUUUUUGUGUUCUUCUCUCAAUUUCUCCAUUCAAUUGUCGUUCAUAUAUCUGUUUGCGUGGAAAACAAAAGGAAUUGGAAGCCAUUAUUAUUUGAAUUGCUGAUUCGCAAAAAUCUAUUGGAUAGUAUAUGGUUAAGAGUAAAUGCCCCUAGUUUUCUAUAUUGAGGUUUAAAGUGACUUGUGGGAAUCUUUUGUUUCUGGGAGGUCCUUUGCUUGGUUGACUAUAUAUUGGUUUGAGAUCUAUUCUGCAAAACGAGCACUGUCCACCAGAUGUUUUAGUCCUGACUUGAGGAAAUGGGGGGUUGUGUCUCAACUAGUAGUAAGAGUACGUGCAGUAGCAGGAGCCAUGAAGAGACUGGUCCUCCUUCCUGCUUUGAGAUUGGAUUUUGCGGGAAAAGGAGCACAAAGAGAACAUUUGCUGAUCAUGUUGUUACACUGCAGCACCUACCCUCUAUAUCCAAUAGGAUUUUCACAAAUGGAAAGAGUCAAACAUCUUGUAUAUUCACUCAGCAAGGUCGCAAGGGCAUAAACCAAGAUGCAAUGAUUGUAUGGGAAGAUUUCAUGUCGGAAGAUAUGACGUUUUGUGGUGUUUUUGAUGGCCAUGGUCCACACGGCCAUCUGGUUGCCCGCAAAGUGAGGGAUGCUUUGCCAAUUAAAUUAUUGUCGUUCUUGCGUUCUUCACAGUCCAAAGAAAGUGGAACAGGUAGAACUUGUUUCAAAAGAAAGCCAAAGAAAUCAGAUGCUGAAGAUCUUGAGGACGGUGGCUCAGCUGAGGAUAAAUUUAAUUCAUUGUGGCAAGAAGCAUAUUUGAAGGCAUACAAGGCGAUGGACAAGGAGUUGAGAUCCCAUCCUAAUUUGGACUGCUUCUGUAGCGGGAGCACUGCUGUCACUCUUGUGAAACAGGGGUCCAAUCUUUUCAUGGGAAAUAUUGGUGAUUCUCGGGCAGUUCUGGGAUCUAAGGACAGCAACGAUUCCAUGGUGGCCACCCAGUUAACUGUUGACCUGAAACCUGAUUUGCCAAGAGAAGCUGAGAGGAUCAAACGGUGUAAAGGUAGAGUCUUUGCGUUGCAAGAUGAACCUGAAGUGCCAAGAGUUUGGUUGCCAUUUGAUGAUGCCCCUGGACUCGCAAUGGCUCGUGCAUUUGGGGAUUUUUGUUUGAAGGAAUAUGGAGUGAUCUCUAUUCCUGAAUUUUCUCACCGAGUACUAACGGAGAGAGAUCAGUUCAUUGUUCUUGCCUCAGAUGGGGUUUGGGAUGUAUUGAGCAACGAAGAGGUGGUUGCGAUAGUGUCCACUGCCCCUUCUCGAUCUUCUGCUGCAAGAACCCUGGUAGACUCGGCUGCUUGCGAGUGGAAACUCAAAUAUCCAACUUCAAAGAUGGAUGACUGUGCCGUGGUCUGUUUAUUUUUAGAUGGGAAAAUGGACUCAGAAUCUGAUUACGAUGAACAAGGGUUUUCUUCUGCAACAGUCUUGAGCAAUCAUUCCGGUAAUGUGGUUGAAUCAGAUGAUGGCCGAAAAUCCGGGCCCUGCUUGCAAAGAAAUUUUACUGUCAGAUCCUCCGAAGAUAGUGAUUCUCAUGGCAUGUUGCCAACCGGCAUGGAAGCUGAUGGUGAGACAUUGGCAGCUGGAGAUCAAAAUUGGUCCGGCUUGGAAGGUGUCACGCGAGUGAACUCACUCGUUCAACUUCCAAGAUUUUCAGAAGAAAGACCGGCUCCAUAAACUUGUGUUAUUCUGGUAGUGCUGGCGCCAGCAUCUUUGUAGUUCUUGGGAUAUUUGUGCUUCAUUGUACCUAGGGGAAGGUAAUUCCUUCUGGAUUGAUGGCAUUGCUUUCAAUGUUUGUGACAGCAGCACCCUGUUUGUUUCAUCAUGGGAUGAACUCAUCAAAAUAGUUACGUGAUUAUGGUUUCACUUCCUAUGAUGAAUGUUACAUCUUGUUUCUUCCA